AUGGAUCCGUGCUUCCGCACACUUUACCUGACUUUCGUGCUGGCGUCUUUUGGCCGCGGGUCAGGUGCGCUCGGCCCGGUGAUCAGGUGCGAGCCGUGCGACGAUGGCGCGCGCCUGUCCUGCAAGCCCCUGCCCAAAGAUUGCGCCGAAAGGGUCCGAGAGCCUGGAUGUGGCUGCUGCCUGACGUGCGCGCUCAGCUUCGGGCAGCCGUGCGGCGUGUACACCGGAAGGUGCGGUGCUGGGCUAUCUUGCCAGCACCAGCCCGGAGAGACCAAACCUCUGCAGGCGCUUCUGGAAGGACGAGGGGUCUGCGCCAACGCCACGACCACUCGGCGUCUCGCGGAGAGACCGACGCCUCCGGUCAAUGAACUGCCAGAGACCAUGGAGACUCAGGACGAGGAGCGCAAUUCCACCGGCGGUGUCCUCCCGAAGAGGCACGGUGCCCACAGCAGACCCAUGGGACACAUGAAACCUCCGCUCAACCCCUUCCUGCCCUCUGACAAGGCUGAAAUCUUACGGCGGGAUCAGCAGAAGCGAAAUAAGGGGUUUAAACUUGAGGAAGUACCUGGACCACUCCUGACAGACCAACAGAACUUCUCCCUGGAGAUCAAACCGGAGCCCGAGUAUGGUCCUUGCCGCCGAGAGAUCGAGAGCAUCCUAAGCAGCCUGAAGAUUACAGACAUCCUCAAUCCACGAGGUUUCCGUAUUCCCAACUGCGACAAGAAGGGCUUUUAUAAGAAAAAACAGUGCCGUCCAUCCAAGGGCAGAAAGCGAGGCUUCUGUUGGUGUGUGGACAAAUACGGGCAGCCCUUGCCAGGUUUCGAUGGGAAGGAACGAGGAGUCGCCCGGCACUUCCACUCGCACAGCCAAUAG